GCUCAUCAAUAAGGAUGAGCCGAUAAUUUUCGAACAAGAAUCCACUCCUCAAAGCUUUUGAAGCUCCAUCGUUCCUUACAACCCUUACUUCGCGCAGCACGUUUUUGAACAAUUUACUCCCAAAAGUCAAAGAUACGUAGGCUACGUUAUUGGAUUGUGAUCGAAAUUAAGGUACAUGCGCGUCCGCGAUUACACCGACAUGAACCAAGGCUCGUUCGGAAUGUCGACCGUUCUGCGGAAGGCGACUAGAAAGCGGUAUGAAGCGUCUGGAUAGCUGUUUGACCUCGCCAAGUAGACGCGUUCUCUUUCCCUCUGCAGCCGAGGAUAGCAUACCGAGACGCCCGCGGCUUGGAGUUGGAAAGAGUAAACUGUUGUACCUCAUCAACAACGGCGCAGUUUUUUUUGCUCUCCAACCGAGGUCGAGACGUCGAGGAAAUCACAAACGAGCGAAGCAUAUGUUACUCGAAAUCUAGUCCUCGCAGAAGCCCAUUUAUUGGUUUAAGGGGGACGUACGACGCUUACGACUACACGAGCUACAGUUACACAUGAUUUUAAAAGCGUGCUGAGAGUGAGUGGUUACAUUGCGAUUACCUGACGUCGACCUUGACUUACAGUCAGUUACGUGAGGAUAAUCACAUCAACUUCCAGCACAACCAGGACAAAGAUGCCUGAGCAAUUUUCUGGUGGCGGAGCAGUUGGUGCUCUCGCAGAGGAUUUUGGCGGGUUGACUCCAGAGCAGGGAAGGAUAAAAGAGCUUGAAGCUGAGGUGGCACAAUGCAAGCAAACCACGAAAGCAGCAUUGAAAGCUGCCACAGCACAGAUUUUACUGCUACAAAGAGAGUUGGUAUCAAUCAACUACAAGUACUUGUAAUACUCUACGUGGUUGUAGUUUUAGAAGUGUGAUUGUACAACUCUCUAGUCUUUACCUAAUACUAUGUUUUGCUUCAAUGCCCUGCCCUGUACCUAUCAUUUUUUCUACGUGCUUAGUACUCGUACUCGUGCCUGACUGUCAUGGGGGACGAGGAUGAUGUGCCAUACCCAUCAGGCAACAGCACACCGAAAUUCCGACGAGUAUGGCGUGGAUAGUAUACAGAAUGUUGAUGAGGAUGAGCUGCAAGAGUUGCGAAAACAAAUCAAGCAUCUCGAGCUAGACGCGGAAUACUAUCAGAAACUCUCUGCGAGCGCGACUGCGGACAAGGACCGUCUCACUCUCGAAGUCCGGAAUCUCACAGAGGCUUUCCAAGAUGCGAAAGAGGACAUUGAGUAGCGAACUUUUCGUGGUUCGUUGAUUUUCGAUUCAGAGUCUGGUGCAUGUGCUUGAAUAUUCAAACCUCAAAAAAAGCAUGGACGUACGCGUAAUUGACAGUAGAAUUACUUUCUUGCUUACCUUCUACAACACCGUUUCCUCCAAAAUACUGAUAGUGAUGGCAUUAUGUGUGCUUCUUUCUUCCUGUUCCUCACCUACAUUCAGGCUUCUCCGGCAGCAGCUCCGUCACUACGAAUUGAAUGCCGACAACACUGCAAAUACUCAAGCGAAAAUAGAACAGAAACUGAGAAAACGAGUUGAGGACCGUAACCUCGAGUUGUCGCACAAAGUGAUGCGCCUGACACACAUAGUAUUAUUGUCAGAAUGCUGUUCAUGUUAUUACUUAUUGCCUUUCUCUGCUAUGAGGUGACAGAAGCAAGCAGGUAGGUAUUAUGUGAAGCAGACGCUUAGCCUUAGCCUUUUCUUGCUGUCAAGAGUAGUCUUUGUUUCGCCUAUGAAAGCAGUCUUUUGGCAUGUAUGCUACGGAAUUGAUACUGAAAUUUCGUUACGACGGUUGAAUCGUCUCGUCCAGGUGUCGGAGCAGGAGGUGAUGGCGAACCAAUAUCAAGCACGAUAUCUGCAAUCGGCUCACUUGAUUGACGCUAAGCGAAAACAGCUUGAUCUUGCCAACAGCCGGGUUGCCGAAUUGAAAAAGAUGCUGCGACAGUAUACAGAGAAAGAAAUGCACAGCACUAUCACGGGUUUGCGCCGUGCAGCUGCAAACAAACCUCCACAAUAAGCCUUGUGAAAACGUAUCAUGAUGUGCUAAACAAAUUAUGGUUUGAAAGGUUUUUUUCUCUCUUCGCUGACCGAGAAUGCCUUUACACUAUACUUCGCAACUGCGAUAAGAAUUUGCAAUCCGCAUCGAAUUAUUCCAUGUUUGCCAGCUUUUUACUUUCAGUCGAUUUUUCUCAGAAAAUACAUCAUCAAACUACACUGCGUUGCAUGCACGAUAUCACAAAGUGAAGGCAACAUGAUAUUGUUGAAAGACGUGACAAGAGAUUAUACCUCAAACGAUUUGACAAUUGGCGGCAGCAUGUAGGUUGGUACGGCAUACGUGGAUAGUGGUUCAUUGCUCCUUGCAUGCGAUGGCCUUGUUUUUUUGUUAACUUAUGGCAGUACCCCCUAGUCGAAAAAA